AUUGACGAAAAAAAUGAUAAUUGACACUAAUUAAUAUAAAAAGUGCUAAUCGAGUAGGUAAUAAGUAGAACUAGUAACCAAUAGCUAUCCUUACUCUAUAAUCCAUAUGAUCAUAUCGUUUAUAUGUGGUGGAUACCAAGCGUUAGUAUGUGGUGGAUAACCAUUAGUACAGACCUUGAGUUCAGUUUCGAAUCGUCACUAACUGAUUUUGGCAAUUUCUGAUUAAAUUAUGUUGACCUCUUAAAUUAUCCAAAUAUUCGAAUUGAAUUACUAACAUCACAAAUUCUUCACCCAUUUUGCAUUACAUGUUUGGCACCAUUAAAUAUCACAAUACAAAUUUCAAUUCAUUUUCAUCACAAAUUAUCUUCAAUGGAUCAUUAAUCAUAAUCAAAUUCGAAGAAAAAACCCAAUUCUUCACAUUAAAAUGGCGGCGGCAGCGGCAACAGCAAUUCAUUUGCUGCCGAACAGCAGCAAAAAGAGGACACUUUUGAUAUCAAAUCACAAAUUAAGAACUACCCAGAUUUCUGUUCUUCCUAAAGCAUCUGCAAGUACGGAAAACAGCAACACAGGAAAGAAGAAGAAAAGCAACAAAACAGGUACGAAAAGCAAGAACAAGCAGCUUAAAGAAACAAAUAAAGAGGAAGAAGAUAAGAAGAAUCAGAUUAUUAAUAAAAAUGUUGUUGAAUUGGAGAAGAGUGGGAAAGGUGAUAGUACUGAUGUGAUUAAGAGGUUAGAUGAUGUGGUUAAUCCAGUUGGGUUAGGGAGAAAAUCAAGACAAAUUUUCGAUCAAGUUUGGAAAAAGUUUUCGAAUCUAGGGCAGAUUUCAAGGACCGAGUAUGAUGAUGGUAGUAAUUUGUUGGUGUAUGGAGAAGGUGCACCUUUGUGUGAGUUUACUAUUCCUGGUGCUCAGAAUACGACUGUUCUUGUUGUUGGUGCUACUAGUCGGAUUGGCCGUCUUGUUAUUCGUAAGCUUAUGCUUAGAGGUUACACUGUUAAGGGGUUAGUACGGAGAAUCGAUCAAGGAGUGAUGGAUAUGCUGCCAAGGUCAGUGGAAUUAGUGGUGGGGGAUGUAGGUGAUCCCUCUACACUGAAAACUGCGGUGGAAGGUUGCAACAAAAUCAUAUAUUGUGCCACUGCUCGUUCAGCAAUUACAGGGGAUCUCAACAGAGUUGACAACCGUGGAGUCUACAAUUGUGCGAAAGCCUUCCAGGACUAUAACAACCAAUUAGCACAGCUGCGAGCAGGUAAAAGUAGCAAAAGCAAGCUUCUGAUUGCAAAAUUUAAAUCAGAAAAUUCACUAGAUGGAUGGGAAGUACGCCAAGGGACUUAUUUCCAAGAUGUGGUCGCUAGCAAAUAUGAUGGAGGGAUGGAUGCCAAAUUUGAGCUCAAUGAAAACGGCCUCGCCAUUUUCUCCGGAUAUGUUUUCACUAGAGGAGGAUAUGUGGAACUAUCACGGAAACUUUCACUUCCGUUGGGUUUUACUCUAGAUCGGUAUGAAGGUCUAGUUCUUUCUGUUGGUGGCAACGGUCGUUCCUAUGUUGUGAUCCUUGAAGCUGGUCCUCUUGCUGAUGCAUCCCAAAGCAAAAUGUAUUUUGCAAGAAUUAAUACAAAAGCUGGCUUUUGCAGGGUUAGAGUUCCUUUUUCAAACUUCCGGCCAGUGAAUCCAACUGAUCCUCCUUUAGAUCCAUUUCUUGCGCACACGUUGAUUAUACGCUUUGAGCCUAGGCGGCAGAGACCUGUAGAAGGGCCUAAAGGAAUGAAACAAGAUCCAAGAAGUUUCGAGCUAAUUUUGGAAUACAUAAAAGCCUUGCCUAGUGGUCAAGAAACAGACUUCAUCUUGGUAUCAUGUACAGGUUCAGGGAUAGAAACUUCGAGAAGGGAGCAAGUUUUGAAAGCUAAAAAGGCUGGUGAAGAUUGCUUGAGAAGAUCAGGACUUGGUUAUACAAUAGUCCGUCCUGGUCCUUUGAUGGAAGAACCUGGAGGACAACGUGCUCUAAUAUUUGACCAGGGAAACCGUAUAUCUCAGGGAAUAAGCUGUGCAGAUGUGGCUGAUAUCUGUGUAAAGGCUCUACAUGAUUCUACUGCCAGAAACAAGAGUUUUGAUGUGUGCUAUGAGUAUGUGGCUGAGCAAGGACAGGAGCUUUAUGAACUGGUUGCACAUUUGCCUGAUAAGGCAAAUAAUUAUUUAACUCCUGCGCUCUCAGUUCUUGAGAAAAACACCUAAUUUAAAGCAUUUGGUGAUCUCCUUGGCGUUUGUUUGUCAGAAAUAUGGAAAUUAAUUAGCAUUUUUUUUCUUAAUUUCUUUAUACCAUUUGUGUAUGAGUGUAUAGCAUUACAGGAUGUAAAGACAGCAUGAUUUUCUUUUUUCCUUUUCGAUCCUUUCGAGAUGAAAACACAUCAUAUUCAUAUCAGCUUUGAAUCUUCUGUUCUGAUUGUAAAAGAAAGUGUAUAAUGUAAAACGAGUUCUGGAGUUGCAUAAAUCUUUCAAGAACAUAGAAUUUUUUGAUUGCAG